AUGGUUGCAGCUAUUUCCGCUCCGAUUCAGGAUUGUGAUGAGACGUUUAAUUACUGGGAACCAGCGCACUAUCUGUCCCAUGGAUAUGGCUUGCAGACUUGGGAGUACUCACCAGACUUUGCCAUCCGGAGCUGGCAUUAUGUUGGGCUUCAUUCGAUAGUCGGCAGCGUUCGUAGAUUGCUGCCCCAGUCGUCAAAGGUGUCUGAAUUUUACUUUAUCCGCUACGUCCUUGCCUUUGUUUGCGCCCUCUGCCAGACUGUCAUGUUCAAAGCCAUCAGCCUGACUAUGAACGGCAGAAUCGGCAUGUUCUUUUUAAUAGCUACUGUUAUCUGCCCCGGAAACUUUCACGCUAGUGCGUCAUUCUUGCCAUCCAGUUUUGCAAUGUACAUGUGUAUGCUUGGUGCGGCGUCAUUUAUGAACUGGCGCGGCGGCAUCAAGACUGCACACGGCAUUUUUUGGUUUUCUGCUGCAGGGAUUCUUGGCUGGCCCUUUGCUUCAGCACUCUGCGCUCCUUACCUUUUGGAAGAGUUGGUCCUUGUCCUUUUCAGUGAUAAGGAUGCUUUCAUUGAGUCCAUUGUCCGGUGCUUCCGUGGCGUGAUUGCCGGGUUGAUAGUUUUGUUCUUUGACUUCUUGAUCAACCUCUUCUUUUACAAGAAGAUUGCUGUGGUCAGCUGGAACAUUGUCAAGUACAACAUCUUCUCAUCAACGGGCGGCCCCGAUUUGUAUGGGACCGAACCUUGGACAUUCUACUUCAAGAACCUGGCACUGAACUUUAAUAUUUGGUUUAUCCUGGCACUAUUGGCAUUGCCAUUAUUUUUACUCCAAAAAGUCACUUCAUCAUCGGGACAGGGCUUCCAGUCCGGGCUGCGUACCGUAGUGUUUGUGGCGCCAUUCUAUAUGUGGCUAGCCAUCUUCACAGCACAGCCUCACAAGGAAGAGAGAUUCAUGUAUCCCGUGUAUCCGUUUUUGACUCUCAAUGCUGGUAUUUCUCUUCACAUCAUCUUGGCCGCGGUUGGAAGUACUGACCCGAGCACGAUUGCUGGAAAGAUUCCUGCUCGACUGAAGUUCUUGGCCGUCAGCGCUGUGAUGCUUUUGGCUUUAGAUGUUAGCCUUGCUAGGAUUUACGGCAUUUACUCGGCAUACUCCGCACCGUUACGUAUUUACUCGAGGCUGUGGCAAUCUAGCCACGGCCAAGCAUCAGUGGGCAGGGAAGAAGAUAUCGUAUGUUUCGGAAAAGAGUGGUAUCGCUUCCCUUCAUCUUACUUCCUACCACGCAAUAUGCAUGCCAAGUUUAUUCGGUCUGAAUUCCGCGGUCUUUUGCCUGGUGAAUUCUCUGAAGCUAAGAUUGGAUUCGGCUUCUGGAGUGGUACCUGGCUUCCAACGAGUGGCCUCAACGAUCGAAAUGAGGAGGACCCUGGCAAGUACGUCGACAUCAGGGCAUGCUCGUUUCUAGUCGAUACCCAAUUUCCUAUGCGGACUGAGCCCUUGCCUCCGAACGAACCGGACUACAUAGCCGACAAGGACACGUGGGAGAUUGUCCAAUGUAAGCCGUUCUUGGAUGCUGCGAACACGCAUAUCUUGGCAAGGACUUUAUGGGUUCCCGAGCUGGGGAUUAUACCAGAGAAGUUCAGAAGAAAGUGGGGGCAACAUUGCUUGGUACAGCGUAAGAGCGUCUAA